GUCAUGGACCCCUCUGAUUUUCAGCCACGUCAGAUUUCUUCUUCCUCUUUCAUUUUCUCUCUCCUUUACCUUUCCUUUUCCCUUACCUUUGCAAACCCAAGCUCUGGGUUUUCUCAAACGACGAAGAAGCAAGUGAUGAUCGUUGUCGUCGACGACAAGGAGCAUAGUGCCUACGCGCUGGAGUGGAUGCUCGAUACCUUUGCAAACCCAGGCUUUGGGUUUUCUCAAACGACGGAGAAGCAAGUGAUGAUCAUCGCCGUCGACGACAACCAGCACAGCGGCUACGCGCAGGAGUGGACACUCGAUCACUUCUUCGUAUCUCUAGUUGAUAGUGCCUUGUUUAAGCUCAUCAUUGUUCACACCAAACCUUCUGUUACUAUUGCUGUCAGCCUUCUUCUUCUUCUCUCAAACCCAGAUCUGGGUUUUUCUCAAACGGAAGCUGCGGUUCUGCUACUUCAAUUUGGUCCUGCAGAAUUGGGGCGCAAAUUUCUGUAGCCCUAGAGGAAACUGCCACCUGUUAGUUUCUCACCGCCGGCUACUGGGACUAUUGCAAAAAAAAAAAAAAAAUAGCUGACCGCGAAGGCUAAAGAGAUUCUCGUCUUCCUAAUUUAAAACAGGAGGAUGGUCGCAGUUUCAGAGCCUAAGGAGCUUAAAACCAUGAUUUUUAGUGUCUACGGCUCAAUAAGCUUCUUCCAUUUCUGUUAAUUAAUAUGAUAUUUUUCUUGAAAAUUUGUUUAUGUAAUGUUUUGUUUGGUUGCCUAGAAAACUUGGGAAAAGUGACAGAAAUGGAAGCUUUUUGAUAUUGAGUUUUUUAAGCAUGAAAGGAGAAAAUGUACAGUGUAUUUUCAAUCCUGCUCUUGAAUUAGUAUAAUUUUACAGUUCUUGGUUGUCUGAGUAACCAUAUCAACAGGAGGGUUUUAUAUUCAGAGUUGAAUUUUCUUUUCAUUUUUCGCAUUUCCUUUGUUCUCAAUUCCAGUUUUUUUUUUUUUUUUCUGUUAACAUGUUUAUAUUUUAGUUGUUUGAUUUUGGUUAAUAUUUGAAACUUUAUGUGUGUCUUGAAUCUCUUGGAAUGUGGUAUCUUAAUCAAACUCUGACAUGAAU